UACACCAAAGCGCUAGCGUUUCCGGCCAGCUCAGCGCACCAGCCCUGUGCGGUGUUGUCAGUUUACAGCCUGUCAAACACUGGUAUCAGUUACCUGUAACAUUUUGUGGGCUGCGAAACACCCGAACAUUGCGGAAAGAUGGUGCUGCUGACGAUGAUCGCUCGCCUGGCUGACGGUCUGCCGUUAGCCGCUUCAAUGCAGGAGGACGAGCAGUUGGGUCGGGACCUUCAGCAGUAUCAGAGUCAAGCUAAGCAGCUCUUCAGGAAACUCAAUGAGCAGAGUCCCUCACGCUGCACUUUAGAGGCUGGCUCCAUGGCAUUUCACUAUUUAAUAGAGAAAGGUGUAUGCUACCUUGUGCUGUGUGAAGGUAGCUUUCCUAAGAAGCUGGCCUUUGCUUACCUAGAGGACCUGCAGGCAGAGUUUCACGAGCAGCACGGAAAGAGAGUCCCCACAGUUUCCCGGCCCUACUCCUUCAUUGAAUUUGACACCUACAUCCAAAAAACCAAGAAGUCAUACAUUGACAGCCGAGCGAGAAGAAAUCUGGGCAGCAUCAACACAGAACUCCAGGACGUACAGAGGAUCAUGGUGGCUAACAUAGAGGAGGUACUGCAGAGAGGAGAGGCUCUCUCUGCACUAGACUCCAAGGCCAGCAACUUGUCCAGCUUGUCAAAGAAGUACAGGAGUGAUGCCAAGUAUCUGAAUACCCGCUCCACCUAUGCCAAGCUGGCAGCCGGCGGUGUCUUUUUCAUCAUGCUCAUUGUCUAUGUACGCUUCUGGUGGCUCUGAGAAGAAAACAAGAGAAGAGGAAGGAGGUGUUAAAGUGGAAAAUGAGCUGAACAGUCUGCAGACACUAAGAAAAGCUGUCACCCUCGACUAAAAACAGGAUCCCUGCUCUUAAUAAGACUUUGCAGACAUACCACCGCCCAUUUUGUUCUCGCCUGUCCAUGGAUGUGUGAUCUGAAUAUAAAUGAUGUCAUAAUACCUAGUUUUAUUAUUAACAAUCAUAAAAGCGCUAGUUGUUGCCCUGGAGGUUAUGGGGCAAUGAGUGAAUUUGUGUGAGUGUGUGUGUGUGUGUGUGUGUG